CCGUUCCCGGGACGGUCGCGUUUUCCGGAGCUCCCCAGGGCAGGCGUGCGCGCGCUCGUUAAGUCAGAACUUAUCUGCUGUGUGUGAACUAACUAAACUCUGCCUCCCAGAACAAGAGUUGAGCUGAGCUGAAGUGGAUUUUUAAUCUUGGAUCGCCCAUUUUGGGGCCACACUUGCGUGCGUGUGCGGAGUUGAGUUCUAAGCUGUGAUCUCGAUUUGCUUUAAUAAAGUGUUGGAAGUGGUGUUCUUCAGACCGACGGGGUGACCGCAGUUCAAGUGGGUGAAAACGCUUUGGAUAAUCCGCAGUCUCUGGUGAAUGCAGCUGAGGAAGAGGUCGGGGUGUGACUGUUUCCGACACUGUAACUGCGAAAAAGAGUGGCGCAAGAAGUUCAUUAAGCUAUGACAUACAGCUAAACGAUGAGUGUUACAUAACCGAGGGAGGGUUAUUUGAAAUUCAACGGCACAAAAGUGGUGUUCUAAAGUGCGUUUUAAAAAGAAGAAUCGGAACAAAAACUGUGGCUAUUCCUCUGUGGUGUCGUCAGCAUCGUCAACGCCGUCAGUCGUCAAGUCCUAAAGGAUGGGGCCCGUCAAGUGGGCGGCACUUCUGGUCACGUUGUGCGUAACGGCACGAGGCGCCAAACUGGAAAAUAGUGAUAAACUAGCCUUAAACUUAGAAGUAAGUUCGUCUCCAGUAGCACUUGAAGAUAGUCCAUUAAGUAGAGUUAAGCGAAACAAAUUUCGGGGCCAAACCCAGUCACAGUACUUACAUUUCGGCGAUAAUCAAGACGGUAAAGCGGAGGCCGAAGCAACCCAUCAUGGAUCGAGAGCGGUAGUAGUGGGUUCCAGUGGCAUGGGUCAGGCUCAGAGUCAGUCCAUGGGCGGUGACUGUACCUCGUGCUACGGAGGAGGUGUCGACGGUGGAUCUUAUCUAUAUGAUGCCAGGCCUGACCCGUUGAGAAUACCUGAUGGCGGUGCUGGAGGUGCCAGACCAGGUGAUAGACUGAGACUACCAGAUGGGUACGAUUACCGGGAGCCGGGAACUGGAGGUGCCGGUGAUGGACAUGGAAGACCCGGAACGGGAAGACCAGGAUACGGAGAUGGAAGCAGACCGGGGGUAGAUUCUUUUGGAAGACCCAUUGGUACAGAUGGAAGACCUGGAGGUCGCCCUGGCGAUAGUCUUGGUCCAGGCGUAGAUUCGUUUGGACGACCUUUGGGACCCGGUGGAAGACCUGUUGAUACGACUGGUGGAACGGGAGUAGAUUCGUUUGGACGACCUUUGGGACCGGGAGGAAGGCCUGUUGACACGACUGGUGGAACUGGAGUAGAUUCAUUUGGCAGACCAUUGGGACCUGGGGGUCGGCCAUUGGAUACAACCGGUGGUCCCGGACUAGAUUCAUUCGGUAGACCGUUGGGACCUGGAGGAAGACCGAUUGACACGACAGGCGGAACUGGAGUUGAUGCGCAUGGAAGACCAAUAGGACCUGGAGGAAGACCCGUUGAUACAACCGGUGGUCCCGGAGUAGAUUCACAGGGUAGACCAUUGGGACCAGGAGGAAGACCAGUUGAUACAGUCGGUGGACCCGGAGUCGAUGGGUUUGGACGACCUUUGGGACCUGGCGGCAGACCAGUAGAUACAACUGGUGGUCCUGGAGUCGACUCGUUUGGUAGACCAUUGGGACCUGGGGGCAGACCAGUGGAUACAACUGGUGGUUCCGGAGUAGACUCAUUCGGCAGACCAUUGGGACCUGGGGGACGACCAGUAGAUACAUCUGGAGGUCCUGGAGUUGAUGCGCAUGGAAGACCAUUAGGACACGGAGGAAGGCCAGUAGAUACAACUGGAGGUCCUGGAUUCGAUUCACAAGGAAGACCAUUGGGGCCCGGAGGACGGCCAGUAGAUACAACUGGAGGCCCUGGAGUCGAUGCUCAUGGAAGACCUUUGGGAACUGGGGGACGACCGGUAGAUACGACAGGUGGUCCUGGAGUCGAUUCGUUUGGAAGACCCUUGGGACCUGGAGGAAGGCCAGUAGAUACAACCGGAGGUCCUGAAUUUGAUUCACAUGGAAGACCAUUGGGACCCGGGGGACGACCAGUAGAUACCUCUGGAGGCCCUGGAGUUGAUGCACACGGAAGACCAUUGGGACCCGGGGGAAGACCGGUUGAUACCACCGGUGGACCAGGAGUAGAUUCGUUUGGAAGACCAUUGGGACCUGGAGGAAGGCCAGUCGAUACAAUCGGCGGUCCCGGUGUUGAUUCCCAAGGAAGACCGUUGGGACCCGGAGGAAGACCAGUAGACACAACCGGUGGACCAGGAGUAGAUUCAUUUGGAAGACCAUUGGGACCCGGCGGGCGACCAGUAGAUACGAUUGGUGGUCAUGGAGUUGAUGCGUAUGGAAGACCAUUGGGACCCGGCGGAAGACCAGUAGAUACGACCGGAGGUCCUGGAGUUGAUGCAUAUGGACGACCAUUAGGACCCGGCGGAAGACCAGUAGAUACGACCGGCGGCCCAGGUGUAGAUUCUUUUGGAAGACCAUUGGGACCUGGUGGAAGACCUGUGGAUACGACGGGAGGUCGAGGACCACAACCGCAUGUCGUUGGACCACCAUUGAGCGGCGUUGGGACAACUCAUGGCGGACAAUCUAUCUAUCAUACGGGUCACUCUGUAACCCUUCCAGGACACGACCAUACUGUCGUUAACCCUACCGGAGGCCUUACGGUACUCGUUGGAACCGGAAGUCCAAAGCAAACAGUGAUUGGAUCUGACAGUCGGUUGGAUGGGCACGGUCCAGUAAAAAUAUUAUCCGGACCAGCGGAUAGCAGUGGCCCUCCCAAGCAAACUGUUUACGCUCAUCCUGGAGGAGUCACCGUUCUGGUCGGUACCGGAGGUCCUCAUCAAACUGUGCACCACUUGCCCGUUUCUGGGUACACUUCCGGUGGUCAUGCGGAAUCGGGUUAUGCCACAACGGGACCGGGACAACUUCACACAGGAACGGGUGCAAUCCACCCAGGAGCUACUGUCGGAACCGGUGCUGGAUCAGGUGUUGCCACUGGUACAGGGCAAUGGCCAUCUGGUCAGCAACCCGGAGGUGGUCAAUACCCAGUGGGUCCAGGUGCAUCGGUUGGACAAUACCCAUACCAAGGAGUCGGAACAGGUAGUGGAGCUGGUACAGGACAAUGGCCGUCCGGACAACAUCCUGGAGGAGUUGCUCAGUACCCCGGGGGAACAGGAGCAGUUGGUGGACAAUAUCCGGGAACAGGUGUAGGGCAAUACCCAGGAACAAGUGGAGGACAAAUUCCGAGUGGAGCAUAUCCAGGAACCGCCGGUCAAUUUCCGGGAGGUACCUCACAUAUCCCUGGAGGUGGUAUACCUGGGUAUCAUUAUCCUGGAACGAGUGCAGGGCAGCAUCCCGCUGGAACUGGUCAAUAUCCUGGAACAGGUCAAUACUACCCUGGAGGAGCUGGAGUAGGCGGCACUGGCAGCGGACCAGGAGUUUCUGGCACUGGCGGCGUUGGUCAACACGGAGGACAACAGGGCGGAGGAAUCGGUCAAUAUCCUGGUACGGGAGUCCCUGGAGGUCCAGGAUAUCAAUACCAACCGGGAACAUCUGGGCAGCAUCCCGCAGGGACCGGUCAAUAUCCCGGAAGUAGUGGAACAGGAGUUGGAGCAGGAACAGGUCAAUACUACCCUGGAGGAACUGGAGUCGGAGGCCUACCCGGUGGCGCUGGUCAACAUGGAGGCGGAGUAGGAACAGGGUUGGGUCAGCAAGGCGGAGUAGGAACAGGAUUGGGUCAACAAGGCGGAAUAGGAACGGGUCAACAGGGUGGAGUAGGAACAGGAUUGGGUCAACAGGGUGGAGUUGGUACAGGUUCGGGUCUGCAGGGCGGAGCAGGCACAGGAUUGGGUCAACAAGGCGGAGGAGUCGGACAAUACCCUGGAACAGGAGUUUCCGGUGGACCUGGAUAUCCGGGUACUGUAGGAGCGGGUCAAUACCCCGGUGUAGGCAGCUUACCUGGAACAUCCGGACAGUAUCCCGGAGGUCAAUAUCCCGGCACAGGAGCCGGUGGAGUUCCAGGGUAUUCUGGAUACCCCGGAACGUCAGGGGCGGGUCAUUAUCCUGGAACAAGUGGAACGCCAGGUGCAGGAACAGGUCAAUACUACCCCACAGGCCCAGGUACCGGCGGUAUUGGUCAACAUGGUGGACAGCUAUCCACCGGCACAGGAGCAGGAGUAGGACAUCAAGGCAGUGGAGUCGAUCAGUAUCCCGGUACGGGAGCUACUGGCGGAUAUCCAUAUCCUGGAACAACAGGUCAAUAUCCCGGAACCAGCGGAAUACCCGGUGCAGGAACAGGUCAAUACUACCCUGGAGGAACCGGAGUGGGAGGCUUACCUGGCGGCGUUGGUCAACACGGAGGUCAACUGUCAACCGGAGCAGGAGCUGGAUUGGGACAACAGGGCGGAGGAGUAGGCCAAUACCCUGGCACUGGAGUUGGAGGCGGACCUGGAUAUCCGUACCAUCCUGGAACUUCAGGACAGUAUCCCGGAGGUCAAUAUCCCGGAACAGGAGCUGCUGGAGGACCAGGCUAUUCUGGAUACCCUGGAACGCCAGGUGCGGGUCAAUAUCCCGGAACAAGUGGAAUGCCUGGAGUAGGAGGAGGUCAAUACUAUCCAGGAGGAACUGGUGCGGGUCAGGCUGGCGUGGGAGGCGCCGGUAUUGGACAGACUGGAGGUGUGGGAACUGGUGGAGUCGGAGUAGGUCAGCAAGCAGGAUACCGUCCAGGUCAACGUCCCUCGUCGGUAGAUCAGUAUCCAAGCACAAUACCUCAAGGUGGCGUUGCUCAGGGAGGACAAGGCGGUGGCGAUGCGGCCAACGUCCAACUGAUCGGUGAUGACGAUGAUUCCUUCUCCCAGGCCGAGACUUCGGUAAAGAACGGCGAAGCAAUGGCCAGUGCACAGGGACGCAAGAACGGUGGAACGGCACAAACGCAGGUCUCGGGAACGUACACGGCGACGGGAUCGUUCAGUGCCAGCGCUCAGACAAGUGAUAGCGACCGAUCUGCACAGUCGCAAGUAUCGGGCGGUAAAGACGGAGCGUUGAGUUCGGCUCAGGGCACCGGUGGUAUCGGUAAAUCCCAGUCCCAAGUACAAGUGAACUCGAAAACGGGAGGAACGUCCGCUACAUCCCAGAGUGGAGGGUUGGGUCAUGAAAGUCAAUCGGAGGUCGUGGCAAACGAAAAGGGAGGUCUAGCGGAUGCGCAGUCUAGCGGACCAGGACAGACCUCUUCUCAAGCCCAGAUCGGAUUCCGUCCGCAAGGAGAAGACAACGGUCAGGUGAAUAUCUUCAACGGAGGAGGACAAGCGUCGGCUCAAUCUGGGGCACACACUGGACAGAGUCAGUCGCAGAUCAGUGGAAACUUCAACUUUGGUAUUUCAUACCAUGGUGCUGCCCAGGCAGCGUCCGGAAACAAGGAACAGGUGUCGCGCUAUCGGGAGAAGGGAAAGCAGCUGUUCCAGUCUAUUGGUCUGUUUGGAAAGACCAACAACGGAGCUUCGGUAAGGCGAGAAUCGGAUGUGGUGGAUCCUCAAGGCCUGCGGUUACGAACAUCCCAGCAAAGUGCAGUUUCCGACUUCCAAAGCUUGAUACCGAAGCCCAAUGAGGAACCCGAGUACGAAGAGGAGGACGAAGAGUACGAAGAAGACGACUACGAAACGACCGACGCCAUUCCUGUAGGAGCCAAAGCAAAGCCUUUCAAGCCACCAAGCGAUGACGAGGAGAAAAAGACGACGAUCGUCGAGCUGCCACCGCCAACACUUCCAGCGCUCGUAACGACGGUCCGCCCCAACAGGAACUACAACAUAAACAACGGAAACGGCAAAACGUUCUCGCAGAAUGCUCCCACCCAAAAGCAGACCGCGGUUGUGUCCAACCUGGACAAGUACAAGGUGGUACAGACGCAAAACGGCAAAACGACGGUUCACGACGCGGCCACGGAAGCGAUUCCCACCGGAUUCAGUGACAUCCACGGACAGCAGACCACAGUCCUGCAGCAGGAAUUGUCGACACCGGGUGCGACCGUUGAAGUGCCCAGCACAACGCCCAAGCUGAACACGCGCUACCUGCCGUCGAAGCAUCUGGACGCGAACGGUAACCGAAUUCCGGCCGGAGGAUCGACAGGCAAGCAUCAGCCCAAUCCGGACAGCUACAUCUCCGUGACGAAGCAGGUCACGGGCAUCGAUGAGAACAGCAAGGUUCCGGCUAUUCCGGGCAAGAACUACGAAUCGACGUACUACACCAAAUCGUCCACCUGCGGGUACUUUACGUUCUCCUGUAACAUCGUGUACGGGGAGAACGGACGGAGCAAAAUCUGCCGACCCAAGCCCCCGACCAACGGGAAGUGUUAGGAGGGAGUUCGUAAUAGGGAAUAGUAGUAGCAGCUAAGCCUCACGUAAACUGCCAUGUUGUUUGUAGCAAACAAGUUUCAAAAAUGCCAGGUGGAUUUCUUUUCGAUAUAGGAUGAGAAUCUCAUCAUUGGCAUGGACGCAAACUGCCAACACAAAACCAUAUCAUUUCCGUAAAGUGGGUAGAUCUAUUUCUAUACUUGUAGUAUUCCGGCUUUUCUCCGGAUCUUGCAAAAUUUUAGGUUAGAAUCACGGAUCAUUACGCGAUCAGCAUUGUUUGUAAACAGAUAAUCUCAAAUGUCAAAACAACUACUCUUAUUAUGAACAAACAGGUGGAAAAACUGUCAAACAAUAAAGUUAUCUGAUGUUUUAACAACAAUUAAUGUCAAACUAUAGGGGUUUUAGUGUGUUCAUCUAUUUGAAACUAGGUUUACGCCGGCUCAAUUUGGAGGUUAGAAAAGAGUGCACUGUUUACAUGGACUUAGCACAGUUCGAUGCAAACAGUGCACACGAGCAGUCAAAUGACGUAUGGUAAAUGGUAAAUAUUUUGAUCAGAUUUCAACAAAUAUAACAGAAAACCGGGUUUUUUUUGCUGAUUCACAAUUUUGACAGACUGACAGAUGUCAAAAGGAGGCAGUUCGCAGAGAUCAUAUUUUAUUGUGAUAAGUGGAAAUGAUAAUAAGUGGGUAUAAACUGAUUCAGGCCUAACGCUAUGUUUACAAACAAUGCUGAAACAGUGUUGCCAAUUGAUUGAAUUCUAUGUCGAAGGGUAUCUCGAGAAAAGUUCAGCAAUCCUACAAGGCUGGAAAUAGAUCUAUUGUUUAAUGCUUGCUUGUACACUGAGCCAAAGAAUAAUGUAUUUAGUGGAUGCAAUAAAGUUUUUAUUUCUCAACCACUCAAAA